AUGCCACAUAAUUUUCUCACUGAGGGUGCCCCAAAGUUGACAAGAAAGGAACGAAAAAAGGCUUCCAUUGCUAGGGCCAAAGGCUUCACACCGAAGGUUGCAGAUGAGACGCCCAAAAAGCCUGCAGUGGCUCCACUUGGGCAGGUCAAAUUGAAGAAAGGAAAGAAGCGCCUGAGGCCUGGACAAAGCAAGCGAGAAGGUGGUGCUGCAAAGCCGGCUCCCAAAGAAGAGGAGGCACUGCUGCGUGAGCAUGCGAUUGAACCAAACAUUUGA